UCACAACGUAAAAACAGAGAAAGCGAGCAGAGCAGAGCAGCUCAUCAUUUCAGUGCCGAACCGCAAAGGAAAAAGAUAAAGCGAAAGCGAAAAAAGAGAAAGCUAUCCCCAAACAAAGCAAGGAAAAGAGAGGAUAAUAAAAGACAGGAAUUGAAGCAAGAAGAAGAGCUCUUCUAAGAGAGGAAAGAAGGGUUGGGAAAAGAAAAGAUGCAGACGGAGCAACAGAACCAGCUGGUUGUUCAGAAUUCUGGAAGCCUUAGCUUCAGCAGCCAUUUGUCUAAGGAAGAUGAGGAGAUGUCCAGGUCUGCUCUGUCUACCUUCAGAGCCAAAGAGGAAGAGAUUGAACGCAAGAAGAUGGAGGUCAGAGAGAAGGUUCAGGCCCAGUUGGGUCGAGUAGAGGAAGAAACCAAGCGUCUCGCCACCAUUCGUGAGGAGCUUGAGGCUCUAUCAGAUCCGAUGAGGAAGGAGGUUGCACUGGUACGGAAAAGGAUUGAUUCAGUGAACAAGGAGUUAAAGCCGCUUGGCCAUACCUGCCAGAAGAAGGAGAAAGAAUAUAAAGAAGCUCUUGAAGCAUUCAAUGAAAAGAACAGGGAAAAAGUACAGCUAAUCACCAGGUUAAUGGAGCUGGUGGGCGAAAGUGAAAGAACGAGGAUGAAGAAGCUGGAGGAGCUGAGCAAGAACAUAGAAUCGAUGCACACAAGUUAGGCAACUGCUAAUGAUCCGUGAUUAGGAAUGUGCGGUAUAUGAAAAAGAUAACGUAGUAUAUGCAUGAUUGUGUCUGCGCUUGUGUAAUUUUCUGGUGUUAAUGUUUGUUUUCUCAGUAACAUGUGAUGGCAUAUUAGCUAAUUUACGAGGGCCCAUACCCGCCUUACAAACACGCUUGUAACUAAAUACGCUUGCACUCUCCUAUCAUUUUUUUUGUUUUUUGGUUUUACCCUUCAAUUCACUUUUGUAUUGUUCUAUUUUUAAUUUAAUUUAUUGAUGUAAUUCUAAUUUUGCUCCCUGGUCCAACAAACUGUGAUGUUACGGUGGAAUUUUCCAUCUCAGUACUGUAAUAAGUGAAUUGCGCAGGUGCAGUGUUUGCGGUAGAA